CACGCUCACCGGCGCGCGCAUGCGCGGGCGCCGCCACCGCCGCCGCCGGAUGGACUGAACGGGAAGAUGUUUGUGGCUUCUAUUGGAGGAGUAGCGGGCAAGUUCAUUAAAAUUAAGGACCUCGGAGUAUAGCAGCAGGCAUGGAUGAACAGGCCCUUUUAGGGUUAAAUCCAAAUGCCGAUGCUGACUUCAGACAAAGGGCACUGGCCUAUUUUGAACAGUUAAAGAUUUCCCCGGAUGCCUGGCAGUUGUGCGCAGAAGCUCUGGCCCAAAGGACAUAUAGCGAUGAUCACAUCAAGUUCUUCUGCUUUCAAGUCUUGGAACAUCAAAUUAAAUUCAAAUAUUCAGAACUUACAGCAGGACAGCAGCAGCUUAUUAGAGAAACUCUCAUAACGUGGCUUCAAGCUCAGAUGCUGAAUGCCCAACCGGAGAAAACCUUCAUCCGUAACAAAGCAGCCCAAGUGUUCUCUUUGCUGUUCGUUACCGAGUACCUCACUAAAUGGCCCAAGUAUUUUUUUGAUAUUCUGUCAGUAGUGGACCUAAACCCACGAGGAGUGGACCUUUAUCUGCGCAUUCUCAUGGCCAUUGAUGCAGAGUUGGUGGCCCGGGAUGUGGUUCAUACCUCAGAGGAGGCCCGUAGGAACACCUUAAUAAAAGACACCAUGCGGGAGCAGUGCAUUCCAAAUCUAGUGGAAUCAUGGUACCAAAUCUUGCAAAAUUAUCAGUAUACUAAUUCGGAGGUGACGUGCCAGUGCCUUGAAGUAGUUGGGGCUUACGUCUCUUGGAUAGACUUGACCCUGAUAGCCAACGAUAGGUUUAUAAAUAUGCUGCUAGGUCACAUGUCGAUAGAAGUGCUCCGGGAGGAAGCAUGUGACUGCCUGUUCGAAAUUGUAAAUAAGGGGAUGGACCCGAUCGAUAAAACAAAACUAGUGGAAUCACUAUGUCGAGUUUUACAGUCUGCGGGGCUCUUCAGCAUUGACCAGGAGGAGGACGUAGACUUUCUAGCCAGAUUUUCUAAGCUGGUAAACGGAAUGGGGCAGUCGCUGAUAGUCAGCUGGACAAAAUUAGUGAAGAAUGGAGAUAUGAAAAAUGCACAGGAGACUUUACAAGCCAUUGAAGCAAAAGUGGCUCUGAUGCUACAACUUCUGAUCCAUGAAGAUGAUGACAUUUCUUCGAAUAUUAUCGGAUUUUGUUACGACUAUCUUCACAUCUUGAAACAGCUUGCUGUGCUCUCUGAUCAACAAAAAGCUAAUGUCGAGGCGAUCAUGUUGGCAGUGAUGAAAAAACUGACCUAUGAUGAGGAAUAUAACUUUGACAAUGAGGGUGAAGAUGAAGCAAUGUUUGUGGAAUAUAGAAAACAGUUGAAAUUAUUGUUGGACAGGCUUGCUCAAGUCUCCCCCGAGUUAUUGUUGGCUUCUGUCCGCAGAGUUUUUAGCACUACAUUACAGAAUUGGCAGGCUACAAGGUUUAUGGAAGUAGAAGUAGCAAUAAGAUUGCUCUAUAUGUUGGCAGAAGCUCUUCCCGUUUCCCAUGGUGCUCACUUCUCAGGUGAUGUUUCAAAAGCUAGUGCUUUGCAGGAUAUGAUGCGAACGUUGGUAACAUCUGGCGUUAGUGCCUAUCAGCACACAUCGGUGACACUGGAGUUCUUUGAAACCGUGGUCCGAUAUGAAAAAUUCUUUGCCGUUGAACCUCAGCACAUUCCAUGUGUUCUAAUGGCAUUCUUGGAUCACAGGGGUCUGCGCCAUUCUACUCCAAAAGUACGAAGCCGGACAGCUUACCUUUUUUCUAGAUUUGUCAAGUCACUCAAUAAACAAAUGAAUGCAUUCAUUGAAGACAUUCUGAACAGAAUACAAGACCUUCUAGAGCUUUCUCCACCUGAGAACGGUUACCAGUCUUUGUUGAGCAGCGAUGAUCAACUGUUUAUGUAUGAGACGGCUGGAGUGCUAAUCGUUAACAGUGAAUACCCGGCAGAAAGGAAGCAAGCCUUGCUGAGGAAUCUAUUGACUCCGCUUAUGGAGAAGUUUAAAAUUCUGUUAGAAAAGCUGAUGCUGUCACAAGAUGAGGAAAGGCAGGCAGUUUUAGCAGACUGUCUCAACCACGCAGUUGGAUUUGCCAGCCGAACCAGCAAAGCUUUCAGCAAUAAACAGACCGUGAAGCAGUGCGGCUGUUGCGAAGUCUACCUGGACUGCCUGCAGACAUUCCUGCCGGCUCUCAGUUGCCCUCUGCAGAAGGAGGCUCUCAGAAGUGGCGUCCGCACUUUUCUCCACCGCAUGAUCAUUUGCCUAGAGGAAGAGGUCCUCCCUUUCAUCCCUUCUGCCUCAGAGCACAUGCUCAAAGAUUGUGAAGCAAAGGACCUGCAGGAAUUCAUUCCCCUCAUUAAUCAGAUCACGGCCAAGUUCAAGACCCAGGUGUCCCCGUUUUUGCAACAAAUGUUCAUGCCCUUGCUCUGUGCUAUUUUUGAAGUAUUACUCCGUCCAGCAGAAGACAACGACCAGUCCGCUGCUUUAGAAAAGCAAAUGCUGCGGAGGAGUUACUUUGCUUUCCUGCAGACUGUCACUGGCAGUGGGAUGAGCGAAGUCAUAGCUAAUCAAGGUGCAGAGAAUGUGGAGCGUGUAUUGGUUACAAUCAUCCAAGGAGCUGUCGACUAUCCAGAUCCCAUUGCACAGAAAACAUGCUUUAUCAUUCUCUCAAAGCUGGUGGAACUAUGGGAUCUGAAUUAUUUCUUGGCAGGGGGCAAAGAUGGACCGGUGGGAUUUGCCGAUUUUGUUUACAAGCACAUUGUCUCCGCAUGUUUCCUAGCACCUUUGAAACAAACCUUUGAUCUGACAGAUGCCCAGACUGUUUUGGCUUUAUCAGAAUGUGCAGUGACACUGAAAACAAUUCAUCUCAAAAGGGGCCCAGAAUGUAUUCAGUAUCUUCAACAGGAAUACCUACCAUCCCUGCAGGUAGCUCCUGAAAUAAUCCAGGAGUUUUGCCAAGCUCUUCAGCAACCCGAUGCUAAAGUCUUUAAAAAUUACUUAAAGGUAUUCUUCCAGAGAGCAAAGCCCUGAGGAACAGCCUGGAAAUCCCAAUACCCAGUUGCCCCAUCAGGAACUCUAAUUUAUACCGAUGCUCUUCUUUGUGCCAUUCACGUUGGUGAUCCUUUUAAGUUUUUGUGCUUACAAUAGUACAUAGUUUAGCCUCUUUUUCUGUACAAUGGAUAAAACUGGCUUUCAGUGUUGAUCUAGGUAUAGGUGUGGGACAACGUGAGAAGUUGCCUGCCUGCCUAUUGAGACUUUAUUUUGUAAUUUUUUUAGUGCUGUAAAAACUACAAGAAUGCUGUCAAAAUAGCUUCAGUUUUUUGGGUUUUUUGUUUUUUUUUGAAAUGUUAGUGAACAUGUCCCUCCCAAGAUCAUAGCGAAGGCUAAACUGUGUACAUUUUUUUAAAAUUGAGCAAAAAUAUUAGAGAUCUGAAUGUCAUUUUUCCUCACAGAUGCACAUAUAAAAUACAGGUAAAUAAAGCAAUCAGAACUAGUUUUUGUUUGUAGAUAGCUAUGAGCUUUCUUGAAAAGCAAUCUUAAUGCUAAAGUGUUUAUCCUAUAAAAGAUUGGUUUCAUAAAGGAAUUGAUUUAAAAGGAGCUGGUUAUACAUUUUUAUAAAAAAAAAAGAAUAAAUUUUAUGUAGUGAAA